AUGGAAAAACCUAAGCUUCCUUAUGAUGAGGGACGAGUAGGUAUGAGGAAUUUAAAAGAUGUUUGCAAGGCAUUCCAAUUUAAACAAUGGUCGAUUUUCAGAUCAAAGAAAACACUGUGGGGUGACUUCUUAAAGGCAAAAUAUUGCCAAAGUUCCAAUCCAGUAAGCAAAAAAAUGGCUACUAAGGAUUCAUUAACUUGGAAAAAAUUGUUGAUAAACAGGCCUCAAGUUGAGCAACACAUCCAAUGGAAGCUGCAAGCUGGAAACUGUUCGUUUUGGUGGGAUAAUUGGCUACGCAGUGGACCGUUAGCAAACUUUACUUCCAGCAGCAACAGACUUAAUAAUGCCAAAGUUGCAGAUUUUUGGGAAGAAGGGAGAUGGAGUUGGAGAAGACUGUUGGAGCAGGCACCAGCCAACCAACUCUCCAACAUCUUAACCACAAAAAUCUCCCCCUCCAGCAUCUACCAGAUCAGGCAGUUUGGAAGCCCAACAAACAUGGUGGCUUCAAUUGUUCAUCAGCUUGGGAAGAGAUUAGAGAAAAAAGGGUCGGGAACGGAUUCCAUAGCACAUAUUUUCAGCAGUGGAAAAUUUGCAGCAACAGUUUGGAGCAGUUUUGCUGCCACUGCAGGCAUGCUGCCGGACUGCUCCUCACUGCAGACAUUAUUACAGCAAUGGUGGGUUGUCAAGCCAAGGAAUGCAGCACACAAAACACUAUUACAAGCCACACCUAUUUUCAUUUGCUGGAAUCUGUGGAAGAACAGAUGCGCAGCCAAAUACGGGGGCAAGACAACCAACAUAAACAGGGUAAAAUAUGCCAUAUACAAGGACAAUUAUAAGAUGCUUACCAAUGCUUUUCCGCAGGUUAAAUGUCCAGCAAAAUGGGCAGAACUGAUACAAAUGUGUGAAAGGUGUGUGCAUGAUAUCAAGGUGAACACGGUGACUUGGAUUAGACCUAAAGAUCAAUGGAUCAAAGUAAACACUGAUGGCAGCGCAAUCAAUAAUCCAGGCAGGCUUGGGGCUGGUGGUAUUUUGAGAGAUAAAAGUGGUAGAUUGGUGAUGACAUUCACAAAACCACUUGGAGAAGGGACAAACAAUAGGGCUGAAAUAGAGGCAGCCAUCUUUGGUUUGACUUGGGCACUCGAACUUGGAUAUAGAAAUAUAAUAUUGGAACUUGAUUCCCAAUUGGUAGUACAUUGGAUCUUAAAGAAGGCUUCUCCUCAAUGGAGCAUUACCACACAGCUAGGAAGGUUACAAAACCUCAUUUCUCAAGUCCAGAACUUCAAGUGCCUACAUGUAUUCAGGGAAGCUAAUUGGGUGGCUGAUGCACUUUCAAAACACAGUCACAAGACAACUUCUCCACAGGUUUACUUCAACAUCCAACAAAUGCCUAAAGAAGCAAGGGCAUACUAUCACUUGGACUUGUUGCAGAUGCCUAGUUUCAGAAGGAAGAAGACCAAAAGAAUUAAAGAACCUCCUUGA